AUGGGAAAUCUUCCGCUCGACUUCCCACGACCGAUUGACAUCUAUACAAAGGCUGGUGGAGUGCAUGGAUACGGGUCUUAUCUGGUAUUGAUCCCGGAGUAUGACAUCACGAUCACCAUUAAUGCUGCUGGGAGAGAGACAUCGUAUACUUCCAUUGAACUUCUCGAAAAUAUCACCACUGCAUUGAUUCUAUACGCCGAUCAACUAGCGCGAUCGCAAGCCUCGUCAAAGUAUGCUGGCACAUAUACGCUAUCAACGCCAACUGGGAAUGAUACGCUCGUAUUGUCUUCUACCUUUGGCCCAGGGCUCUCCAUCGACUCAUUGACCAUCAACAACGUCUCCGUUAUCGACGCCUUGGCCAAACGACGAAACGUCCCUUCCAAGAACUUUAGCGCACGUUUGUACCCAACUGAUCCAGACUCGCUGCGUACAGACAGCGAAAACUGGAGGAUGCUACCAGACCAGAUAGCUCCUGCGAAGAAUUUGUGGGCGCGGAACUUGAGUGCAUGA